AUGUUAUUAUUCCGGCUAUUACUUCUGGUGACGUACCUCCGCGCGGCUUUCUCUUUCAAAGCUCUUUCCGAUGACCAUCUAAGCACAGUAGCUACCGCCAAGUCUCGACUAGAAGAGUUUGUAAAACCAUUUCUAGUCCCUCGAGUAGUUGAUACAGAUUCUCACAGAGAGGUGGAGAAAUUCAUCGUGUCGACUUUUACAAAUCUAGGCUGGGAUGUCGAAGAGGAUAAGUUUACAGAUUCAACACCGCUUGGUAACAAAGCAUUUAAUAAUAUAAUUGUAACAAAGGAUAUAACCGCGCGUUCGAGACUUGUACUUGCUGCUCACUAUGAUUCAAAGUACUUUCCACCACCGAAUGACGGCUUCAUCGGCGCAACAGAUUCUGCAGUACCCUGUGGCAUGCUCGUAGAUCUUGCACAUACGCUAGAUCCAUUGUUAAAUAAUCAUAAUGGUUCGGAAACGACUCUGCAGUUAAUCUUUUUUGACGGUGAAGAAGCCUUCAUCGAAUGGUCAGAGACGGAUUCACUUUAUGGAUCGAGGCAUCUUGCUGCAAAAUGGGAGUAUACGUAUUUAUCAAGAAUCGAUGUUCCGCACAAUACAGCAAUGUCUCUUCUCAGUGGUAUUGAAGUUAUGGUCUUGUUAGACUUAAUUGGGGCCAAGGGGCCCGUUUUGAGAAACUUUUAUGCAACUACAUCAUGGCUAUUCGGCGAGCUCGUAGAAUUGGAGAAACGUCUAUGGACCAAAUCAUUUUUGAAGGAUGAUGACGAAAGUUUAGAUUCGGACAUGUAUUUUGACUCUUAUAUGCCAGGGAGUUCAUUUAUAGAAGAUGAUCAUGUUCCAUUCUUACAAAGAGGCGUGCCCGUUAUUCACUUGAUAUCAUGGCCGUUUCCUCACGUGUGGCAUACAAUGAUGGUAAGCUAUUCAACAAAAUAUUGCUUCUGUGAGCCUGGUUAG